CUUUCUUUCUUCAUCUUCCUCGUCGAAUAUCCUAAUCUCUAUUUCUCCAAUUCUCCUCCCUACUUCCAAGUUUUCAAACGCUACAAAAUACUCGGAGUUUCGUUCUGAGACAUCCCUCGAUCUACUCUCCGUAUUGUAGAACUAGAGAAGAAGGGCGCAUCCAUGGGUGGGGGAGGCGAACACGGUCACGCAGAAGGAGCACAUGGAGAUUUCAGAGCCAAGGUAUGGAGCAUGACCGGAGGCCCGUAUUGCAGGCCUAAACAUUGGAAGCGAAACACGGCAAUCGCCAUGUUCGGCGUCUUUCUCAUCUGCAUUCCCAUCGCCAUGAAAUCCGCUGAGCUCGAGCAACGUCCGCAUCAUCCUGUCCGUCCAAUUCCUUCGCAGCUCUGGUGCAAGAAUUUUGGAAAUAAGGAAUAUUAGUUGUACUUCUUUUAGACUAUAAGGACAAUAAUGGUUAAACCUCCCUAUCUUGCCAUCUAGCAAUGGCAAAGAACAAAGUGUGCUUUCUUUUGGUUACUGCAAAGGAUCUGUUUAGUACGUGGUGUGUUUUUUGUAAUGUCUGGGAACAAUUGAAUCUGUACGCUUGAUGGAUCGACGACCAAUCACCAUCAAACUUGUUCAUUCUACUCAGUGUCAAACAUAAUGUUGGAUUAAUCAGGCUUA